CAGGUUGUUUUGCGUAAAUUUAAGUGCAGCAUUUUGCACUUUUCACUUUCUUCUGCCGACAAAAAAGUGUCUAUGCAGGGAAAUAUUCAAAUUUUCCUGUAAACAAUCUUUCAAUGCCACUUUCCGUACCAUCAGAUAUACAGCGCUGCAAUUUUCUGCUAUUUCUCUUGCCAUGCGAGAAAGAAAGUAGAUUUUCCGAGUGCAAUUUGCGGCAGCAUCGUCAGUGAACCAUGCUUAAGUUUGUGCUACUUUUUUUGGCAAUCAGCGUUUGUGUUAACGGUUUCUUCCUAGUCAACAAUGUGUUCAGUGGAAAUUCUGUUGAAAAAAGUGCGUUUAAGCGACCAAACUCGGUGAAAACAUACAAUGGCAUAUCAACUGCAGGCGCUCCUUACUCAAAACAGCUUAAGCUCUAUAUUACCGAAAAGCGGAAGUUCGACUCGCAAAACAGUUCAUUUAAGAAAUUAAUUUCGACGGAGGCUCCAAUCAUCCCUGUAACGAGUGCCAAUGAAAUUCGAAACAAACACGUGGAUGCAAACGGCGGAAACCGCUUAAAGAGGGCGCCACAGCGAAAUAAAGAUUCUCAGAGCCAAACUAAUAAUAACAACGAUACAAACAGCAAUAAUAAUACCACCAACCCCACAAUCGAUCCGGAGCAAAUCGUUCAUUUUGUAGGCAUUGCUGGCCAUUUUGAUUCCCUUUUGUCAACGCACAUAAAGGAUUCCUUCACAAGAAUAUCGCACAUUUUAAAUCAACCUUGGCACCAAUAA